ACCCCGGGCUUGUCUACAUCAUGGUAAGAAUUUUGUCUUUCAUACUAGGCUAGGCGGCAGGAUGCAUGGCGGCAAUCACAGAUCGUCCUCGUGGCUGCUUCAUGUCCCCUUCCACUCCCACCGUCCACCCCCCCCCUCUCGUGUCACUUACACGCACAUCCCCCUUCCAGCUCUCUCCGGUUCUCUCCCCUGUCCUGCCCCGUCACGACCUACCUUCACCGAAUCCCAAUAUCAGAAAACGGCGGGCUUAUGGCCACGAGGAGGCCCCUGCAGAGUCAGUCUUCUAUGACCUGACCUACACGCCAGCUCUCCUAGACAACAUAUCUUUGCCACCCGACCACCGGUAUAUACUCGACCAGGGCCCUCCACCUUGCGUGCUGCCCUCAUCUAGUCCUCACUAUCUGACGCGUCCAGAAUCUCGGCAGUAUGUGCUGGAGCAGGCAGCUCUGAUUCUAAACCAACCCGUGAACGCUCUAUUGGACCUUAGCAACCAACAGUACCCGUUCGCCAACCAACCACAACAUCAGGAUCCGGAGGGUCAACAUCACUUCCAUAAGAGACUUCGACUGAGUCCGAGUACCUCGAUGCCUUCACUCCCUUACUCCGACGGCCUCCCCGUGCAUAAUGGGCAAGAGAAAAGUCCACUUGGCCCGCCGGCUGGCCAGCCGGAUGCAGGGGCAGGCACUGCUCGCAAACCGCAUGGGCUUUUCCCUGGGAGGGACGUCACAACUGGCUGGACGGGCACGCGGCUAGCCGACUGUUUUGCGAGCUUCUCCAUGUGCCCACCAUUUGAGGCUCAGCCAGCGGCGUACCAACCACUCUUAACACCUCCAUCGUAUGAUUACGAUGAUCGUCGUCCCCCGGCGCUGGAUACUGCGGUGGUCUCAGUGCAGCCGCAAGCCCAAGCCUCUCUCCUCCCCACGCCCGUUACCUCAGACCCGGGUGCGCUCUAUCCCUGUGAUCACCCUGCAUUGAUGGCUCAGUAUCUAUCAAACUACCCCCCGCUGCAACCUGAGCGGGUCAUGGGUCUUCAGCCCGCUACAAGUCGGGAAGAAAUGAUCUACCCGAGUGUUUCGCCAAUCGUCAAAUUCGAAGGCAGCGCCGACAGCCCUCCUGACGCCUCGGGCAUUGGGAUACAACCGCCUCCAUACGGGCCCCCGCAGACAGGCGCCGUCCCGACUCCAUACCCUAUCGGUGAACCAUCGCCGUAUGAAGGGCACGGGAUGGUCAUGAACUUGCCGUCGCGCUUCCACCCAAUCCAAUGUUUCGAUGUUGUCCCGGGAACGGAGAACGCGGGUGCCCAGGAUCUGGACUUUUUCCCAGCACACAGAACCACUCCCGUCAAGCGCGGGCCGUUCAAGGACCAAGACUCGCGGGAGAAAACGGCUCUGACCAGGAAGAUGGGCAGCUGCAUCCGAUGUCGAAUGCAGCGGAUUCGGUGCAAUCUCGAUCCAGAGAACGAAGGAGGCCCGUGUUUAUCGUGCAAGAAGAUUGCCAGCAGUGCCAAGGUAUAUCGGCUGAACUGCUUGCGUCUAAAGAUCACGGACGUGAAGCUCUUCAAGCCUGGCCAGGUCAAGGGGCAGGAGUGGACUAACCGUUGGAAGGACAGCGUGAUGGACGACAUUGGCAACUGGGAAGCCGGCCAAGUGCGGACUAUCCGCGUCACUGAGGGUUACACGGGCCAGUCUGUCAGACUACAGGUUCGGCAGUUCAAGCCUCAGCAAGGUGACAAAAUCAACAGGUCUUGGGUGUCGAGGAAUGGCAACAAACAUGAGAUCCAGAUUCCGACCUUCGCCAUUGUAAAUCUGGAUAACGCCAAGGCCGAAUUCGACCAGUAUAUCAAAAUCGGCUUGGUCGACUGCUGCCACCACUUGCUGGGCUCACGGGACAAACUCCUUUGGCGAACUUAUUCUCUAGCCAUCAAAACUGCACGAGAUUCCUCCACGCCGCAGUCGGAGAAAAGCCUGCUGGUUUCGACGCUCGACCUCUGGAUGUCAGUCCGAUUGACCACCAAGUCGUUUGAGAUCGUAGGUGAUGACACGUUGGGGAUGCCACGAGACAUCAUCGAUGACCAGGACAAUCCGCUGCAUGGGAAGAUCCCGCUCCCCCCGGUGAUGGGUGCGCAGAUUGAUUCGGUCAUUAUUCACCAGAUCCAGCCUCGCCUUCGUCGAAGGGCACUCGAGGAGCUGCAGAAAAUGACGCAGGAAAAGAAGCAAAAGACUUGGCUCACCACAUAUCUGGUGACGUUCAUCCUGUUGCACAACAUUGGUCUGAUAACCAAGCACGAUGCGGACUAUGCCAAAAAACACGGCAUGCAGACUCGGUUCGCACGGGAGGCCCAUGUCAAGGAGUACAACCUGGGGGCGAAUACCCUUCUUGCCUACUUCCACUACUGCAACAAAGCCAUCUACCCAUUCUCUAGCGAGUGUAAAGACCAGGAUCUGCAGACCCUAGCAGAGCUCGACGACGAAGCCAUCUCGUUCGUACAUUAUACUCGAAAGAUGGUUGCCGAACAUAGAAAAGAAUGGGAGCGCCUGUGGACCCAUGAUAUAUAUGAGGACGAGUACUACUAUGCGAGCCAGCUAUUCGAGCACAACUGGCAGCCCCGAACCAUGGCGUAGUUGUUUUCGUGGGCGGGACAUGCUAUUUGUGCGGCUAAGAGUGAGCGUGGUUUGCAGGUGACAGGAUAACAUUUCCGGGGUGGUCAACCGACUGUUUGCGGGUGAGGGGGUAGCGAUGAGGGGCCGCUUCCGUUACUGCCGAAGGUUUGUUUUAAGGAAUCGCUGCUUUCCUUGGUUGUUCCAGGCACUCGAGGUUUGACAUUGACAAAUGGCCACGGGCAAGGAACAAUUAUGGGAUCCACGCAAGGUACGACCGUUUGUGCUGUGAAAUACAUACCCGACAUGCUCAACCCAAAGGUCCAUCUUCUUGAACGCGUCGUCCGCCAGACGAACUCGAGAGAUGCCUCGGAGUUUUUUCUUC